CCGGCAGCAGCGCCCGGGCCGACGCCAAGAGCCCCCAGAGCGCCGAGUUCCGUGCUGCAGAACGCCACGCUUAUAUCCCUAUCGCCCCCGGCCACACAGUCAUCGCCAGGCUCGCCCAGGGCAGAGACUUCGCGGUCCAUAGUCGGCGAGGCCAGGGCAGUCGUCCCAUGGGAAGCCCAGUACCGACACGCAGCCCGCACCGGCCGGACACGCCCAGCUACAGCGACCCCUGCACGGGAGUGCCUCCCCUCGAGAGGACCGUCAAUAGGUAGCCGUCGCACCCAGCCCAGAGGCCUGCCAGAGCCCUCGCCAGAGAUUAUACUCCACUCCACUUCCCCGCGCCGCGCCCCGCGUCUCCGCCAGCCACUCGCCGGUCUGCCUCCUCGGCGGCGUCCUCGCGUGGUGCGCCCUAACUUCCUACUGCCGCUUGGGUGCAGCAGCAGCGCACCGCGGCCCAGCCAUGAAGAGCGUGACCGGCUCCAUGGUGGACGUCGAGUCGCUCAAGGCGCUGGUGGGCGACGCGCCGCUGGCGGUGCCCCUCGUGGUGCCGCUCAAGACCUCGCGCAGCGGCUCCCGGGCGGAGAACCUCGGCUCGGCGCACCUGCUGCCCGAAGCGCGGCCCCGCCGCGGCAGCUCGCUCCGCCAGGUGCUCAUGUCGUUCAUCGCCAACCUCGGCACCAUCAACACGGGCAUGGCCUUCGGCUUUUCGGCCGUCGUCAUCCCGCAGCUCGUCAGCCCGACCUCCGACAUCACCAUCGAUGAGAACCAGGCCUCCUGGAUUGCCAGCUUGUCGUCCGCGUCCACCCCGGUGGGCUGCAUCCUGUCCGGGUGGCUGAUGGACGCCAUAGGGCGCAAGCGCGCGCUGCUGCUCACCGAGAUCCCCCUCUUGCUGGGCUGGCUGCUCAUCGCCACGGCCGCGCCCGUCUCCGGCCUGUACCAGAUUUACGCGGGCCGACUGCUCGUCGGGCUCGGCUCCGGCAUGGUGGGCGCGCCCGCCCGGGUGUACACGGGGGAGGUGACGCAGCCGCACCUGCGCGGCACUCUGUCCGCCCUCGCCUCGGUCGGAGUGUCUCUCGGGGUGCUGCUCGAGUACUCGGUGGGGUCGUGCGUAUCGUGGCGCUUGCUGGCCGGCCUGUCCUCCAUCGUGCCGUCGCUCGCCCUGCUGCUCACCCUGCUCGCCCCCGAGUCCCCGGCGUGGCUGGUGAGCAGGGGCCGCCACCAGGAGGCGAGCGACUCGCUCUUCAGAGUGCGCGGCGCAAAUUGCGACGUGCAGAGGGAACUCGACGACAUGCGCGCAUUCGCGGAGAGGAACAACUUGGCCAAACUCGGUUGGAGGGACACGUUCAAGGAGCUAGUCAAGCCCGCCGCAGCCAAACCGUUCCUCAUUCUGGUGGCCUACUUUGGCAUCUACCAGUUCUCCGGUGUCAACACCAUCACGUUCUAUGCAGUUCACGUGUUCACCGAGUCGGGCGCGUCCAUGGACAAGUACCUGGCCACCAUUCUGCUGGGCGUCGUCAGGCUGUUGUUCACCGUGGCCGGCUGCGUGGCUCUCCGGCGCUGUGGCCGUCGCCCGCUCACCCUCACCUCUUCCAUAGGAUGCGGCGUGUGCAUGGUGGGCCUGGGAGGGUACAUGCUCGCAUGGGAAGUGUGGAGUGAGGGUGGCGACAUCACACGGACGGCCACCUGGUUCCCGGUGGCCUGCAUCUUCCUUUACACUGCUUUCUGCACAACGGGAUUCCUCAUCGUGCCUUGGGUCAUGAUAGGCGAAGUGUACCCGUCGAACGUGCGCGGUCUGAUCGGAGGGCUGACAACGUGCGCGGCGCACAUGUUCGUUUUCCUCGUGGUGAAGAGCUUCCCUCUCAUGGAGAGCCUGAUGGGGCACUCGGGCACAUUCUUGAUGUACGGUUUCAUCUCUAUUUUUGGUACUGCCUUCUUCUGGCUGUUCCUGCCUGAGACGAAGGGGCGGUCUUUACAAGAGAUUGAGGAUUACUUCUCGGGAAGAUCUGAUUCGCUAGGCAAACACGCCAAAAAAACGCCCGUCAUAAGUAGUUCAGCCCAGCAGAAAAUUUUAGUACCACCUAAGGGCCAAGCUCUACCUUAAUUUAUUUAAUUAGGAAGUACUCUGUCAUUUCACAAUGUACUCUUUUGCACAUUUGCUAUCCUUUGAUGCGUAAGAAUUAUGGACACCUGUGCAGUACUCUGAUCUCAUUAUAUUUUAAUCUUUUCUUGGCAUAACUGCUUGUCUCAUAAGUUUAAUGAUCAAGCAAGGAAAACCAGGGCGGAGUGUCCGUUUUAGCAUCAUUUGUAGAUGUAAGAAUUGUAAAUAAGUGUUUAUUUGACUGACUUUUGUUGACUGAUGCUGAGUGGCUUUGACGAAGAGACAGUAUUCAUAUUUUACUCUCAGCACUACAAAAAAAGCAAGAUCUUUUUCUAGAUUCUUGCCAUUUAAGUAUGCUUCAGACAAACAUUUCAUAAACUCUGAGAAUGUAUUCUUAUUUUAAUAGGAAAAUUGCAGCAGCUUGAGGUUUCUUUCGUAAGAACCGAAGAUAUUGAACUAAUAUUAAGUUAGACAAGAUUUAUGUGAUGUGCAUAGCUGUGAUUGUGUGUACCAAAGUGCACAAACAAGCAAUAUUUUCAUAGUUGAGUUUUUUCAAAAUAAAUAAUUGAAUGGAUUUUUGUUUGGGUAGCCAUCAAGUGUUUAUUUUUAUAAAUAAAUGCUUUUCACAAACAAUA